AUGGACGAUGCGGAUUUGCUUGCUUUAUUGCCAGAAGUGCAAGAUGCGCUGGCCGGAAACUUCGAAGGAAUCGAGUGCACAGUGGGGCCCGGUCCCGACCUCUCCUCGAAACCCUUUUUCAUGCCGUUUCCACAUCUCGGCAAGCAGAUCACCUUCCUGCCGGACAUUUCGCACGUCGACAACGCCGGUUUCGACCCGGCCGGGCUUCACAGGCUGCCGCUGAGCAAGACCUCGGCGGUGUUCACCGACGGCCAGCCGGGCGCCGCGUUGGAGUUGGUGCUUGGGAGAGGGAGUGACUGGAAGCGGCCACUUAUCGAUUUGUUUACGCGGCUCUACCCCUCAAAGUGGGCCUUUCUCGUGCUCGAGCUCGAAAACGGGCGAACGCUGUUUCAUCUGCUCUCCGCGACUAGUGCGCCGAUUUGUGGGACCGGGAAGAAAGAAGACACCCCGGAUUCUGUGGACGCGCAGUCUUCUGCUUCUCCCAGCGAGUCGAGCGAGCCAAAGACCGGAAAUUACACGCUUUGGAUCGUACCUGUCACCAGGGUAUUUGCGAUACCGCCGCCGAAGAAGAAGGUGAUUCGCCGAGUCGUCAAGAAGAAGUCGCCAGGAGCCACGGAGAACGGCACGAACGGCACGAACGGUACCGAGGUGGUGGCCAGCGAGAAGAAGAGGCAAGAAGAGCCCGGCUCCUCGCUGAACGGCGCCGACUCGUUGACGGAUCUACGAAAACGGCUGACCGGACUGACGCGCGACACGAGCUUCACCAGCAGCAGUACGACCAUUAAUGACAAGUUCCAAUCAGCCUUGCUGGCCUCCCGGAAGUCGAGUCUUGUCGAGUCGGGCCAGUUGCAGCCAUCUGGAUCGAGGAGUCGCAUCGGGGAACCCAGCCGAAAGAGCCGAUCACCACCGCUCGGACCCAUUGUCGAGGUCGUGACACCAGAGGGGAGACGCCGUUCCGAAUGUGACAUUUGCACGGAUCCGCUGAUAAAUUGUGGAUGCGGGGGAAAAGCUGCGCGUCGAAAGGCCGAGGUGGAGCGCUCGAUGACGCCAGCACAAAUGGGUGCACCGGAAAUGCCGAGCCAAUCUGGCGACCUCCCCUUCGUCGUGCUCAACAAGGCACUGCGGUUGAUGAGCUAUCAGGAGCUGGCCCGACUUCGACAAGUGCACCCCCAUUGGGAUGAGAUCUGUGGGCAGAUGCUGAACAGCGGCUACUAUCAACUCAUCGACAAGUCGGACAAGCUAUUAAUGCGUCUGCAGCGGCUUGUUCAAAAGGACCCUGGGCUCUACUAUCCGACCAGCGUGCUGACCAAUAUUCAGGUGCACGUCCUCAACCAGGUCGAUGUCAUGCGGGCCGCGUUGGAUGAGGGCGUCGGCUGCUUCCCCUACGGAAUUCUCCUCGACAAGACAUUCGGCUUCUUGAAGCAGAUCGAGGACAUGAUCAACAGCGGCAAGCAGACUGAUGUAUCGUGGGAGUCUGUAGCUGUUUUGGCCAAGCGAGCCUCGAUGCACUAUAAGGACAACUUGGAGGGAAUCAUGGAAGAACGACUUGGGGAGAGUGCUCGGCUGAAGGCAGCGCACAAGCUCAUCCGGCUCGACUCUUUCUUGGUGGAGACGUCAGUGCAAAAGAUGGAAAAGGAUAAUGCGAAGACUCGAGACGACAUCAUGUGGGAGAUGGAACAACUACAGCAAUCGAAUGAAAAACUCCGAAAAGACAACCGCGAACUGAAGCAGAACCAGAUGAAGCUGGAGGCCCGCAUCGACAUCCUCGAGCAAAAAUUCAAAACGAUGGCGCGCCUAUUUUCA